GGGGUCUGAAAGGUUUGCCGGCCUGUCAUUAGUAAACAUGUCGGGGGAUCAGCUGGACGCGGCGGCAAUGUCACUACCCACACCAUGAAGAAGCUCAGGACGGAUAAAAUAAUGGCCACUGUCAAUGAAUACCUCAAGAAAAGAAAUCUAGAGAGUGGUGCUAAUGAUCUCAAUGAGACCCCAUUGCAGACUCCAGCGCCAGGGGGGACAGCCAGCGAGUGCCAUGCUGGGGUGGUGGGGCUGGUGUCCCCUUCCACACCCAACAGCUUCACCUUCUCCACCACCUCCACUCACCACUCACAGAUUGACCUCCAGUAUGUGAGACUCAAGUCCUGGAUGAUGGAUGCCAGUGAGCCAUGCCGAUCUGAACUGUCUCAAGUGUUGUUCCCACUGUUCAUCCACCUCUACCUGGAGCUGGUGGCCGGCACGGGACGACAGACAGCCAGAAAGUUUUUUGGCAAACACUACCAGGUGUUCUUGGUCAACCGGGACUAUGAGAGCAUCCUAUCACAGGUGCUCACUGCUGCCAAUGUUAGUUCAUCUGUGGACAUGUCAAAUUCUCCAAUCAUUCAGAAUCUCAAAAGUGGCAAGUACCUGGUGCGGCUCAGUGAGGUCACACUCAACUACUUCCUACGGUACCUGAAGGCCACGGAGAACCCAACACUGCUGCAGAUCUUCAACACUUACAUUGAGGUUGAGGUUGAUGACUCUGGAGCAGGCAGCUCUGGCGCUGUGUUCCGCACUCCAGAUAGCCACUCAGGGGCAUCCAAUGGCCUGGUCAAUGGCCACACUCCAGAAUCCAUGACGUCAGAGACGCUGGCGGCUUCGGCUGAUGGCAUGGACUGCACUCAGGAGGAGCUGCAGAAGGUGAAGGAUGCAAUCGCCCGCCUUAAGUCUGCCCAGCCUGUGCCGCCAUCGCUGUGUGUGUAUUCCGUGUCUAACGCUUACAAUGGCCUCAGUUGUGCUUGUGUCAACUCUGAUGGAAGUCUUUUGUCCUGUGGCUUUGAGGACAGUGUUGUGAAAUUGUGGAAAUUGACUGCUCCAGUGCAUAAUGUAGGGUUUAGGCAAAAGACUUUUACGGUGGGGCCCCGGGGCGGCGUCUCCCACACCCUGCUGGCUUGUGACGCCUCCCGGAUCGAGGAUGACGGGGACGGGGCUGAUGAGGAGGAAGAGGCCGUGGCUGAGGCAAGGAAUGGUGCCCGGAGAAGGAACCGUGGUGGGGAACUGUUUGCCCUGCGGGGCCACCAGGGGCCGGUGAUGGACACGUGCUUCACCCAUGAUUCCUCACACCUGCUGUCCGUCAGCGAGGACACCACCAUGCGGCUCUGGAACCUGGAGAGUGGCCAGGCCGUGGCGCUGUACCGCGGCCACACCUACCCCGUGUGGUGUGUGACCGCCUCGCCACUCACCAUGCAUGUGGCCACCGGCUCAUAUGAUACCACUGCCAGGAUAUGGGCCACGGACUACACCUACCCGCUGCGGACCUUGGCCGGCCACACCCAGUCUGUGGACUGCUUGGCCUUCCACUCCAACGGAACCUACCUGGCCACCGGCUCCUGCGACCGCACAGUGCGCCUGUGGCAUGUCAUGGAUGGCGACGUAGCACGUGUCCUUGUCCACCACAAGGCUCCCGUCAGUGCUCUCGCCUUCUCUCCUAAUGGAAAGUACCUCGCAUCAGGCAGUGAGGAUGGGGCAGUGUUGGUGUGGGACUUGGCGGGGGGCCGGGUGCUGGCUGACCUUGUAGGGACGGACGGCAGCACCGGCAGUACGGAGACCUCGGAGCACCUGGACCCCAUUGCCAGCCUGUGCUGGUCUGCUGACUCAGCACUCCUGGUCUCGGCCUCUACAGAUGGUUGUGUUCGGUCUAGCCACUUCAGGCAGACCACAACAAGCGACGGCAGCAGUGGGUGGGAGCUGAGUGAGGUGCGGCAGGUGGUGUGUGGUGCCGGUACAAAUGGAGGUGUGGGGGGCGGACAGUUGCUGCACACCUCCCUCACCUGUCACAAUUACCUCACAGCCGUCACUGCCCUGGAUGUAGAGAGAUAAAACUGAGUGUGAUGUGUCUUGUCCUCUUCUUCCCCUAUGUUCUCUUUUCCAUCCUCUUCAUUGCUCUCCUCUCCUUCUUCAUCCUCAUCUUCCCUUCUUUGUCCUCUCUUCCAGCCUCCUCCUCUUCAUUGUUCUCUCUUUCCUCAUUCUCUUCUUCCCCUUCUUUGUUUUCUCUUCAUUGUUCUCUCAUUCCCCCUUUGUUCUUUCUUCCAUCCUUCUCCUCAUCCUCUUCCACUUCUUUGCCCUCCCAGCUUCCUCUUCUUUCUUCUCUCCUCCCUCCUCCUCUUUAGUGCUCUUCCUCCUUGUUUUCAUUUCUUUUCCUGUCUUACUGAAGGCUGAUCUUGUUAUUAAGAUACAUUCGCAUCUCUUCAUCAUCAUAUUUUGUUUUGUUCUACAUCCUCCUCUAUCCAUUUUUUUAUUCUUGUUCCUGUUUUCUCACAAGGUAGUCUUAAUAAUGAUACAUGCAUCUUUUUAUUCUGUUGAAAGCUUAUCUCUGUUAAAGCAUCAUAACAUUUUACUUUUGUCUCUCCCUAAUCCAGUCUCUGUUGAAACCACUUCUUUUUUCAUUCCCUCUUAAAAUCUAAGCUAUUACGAUACCUUUACAUCCUCCAAACUUACAUUACUUCUCUCCAAAGCCAGCCUCUCUACUCUCUAAGCAUUUCUCUUCCUCCUCCUGCUCUCAGAUAGUGUUGUGUUGAGGUGGUCACAGCAGUUCACCUCUCCAUCAGUGCUUCAUACAUAUGCAAUCCAGUACAUAUUCAUGGUGUAAUAUUAAUUUGUUCUUAUACUUAAGGUCUGAUCUCUGAAAAUGCUCAAAAGUGGAUGAAAAAGAAAAGGUAUAAAAAAACUGAGGCAUUAUCUCUAAUUUUUGUAGUUUUUUGAUAAACUGAAAUUAAUUUUUAGUGUUUUAUUGAGGCAAUAAGUCAGUAAUGGAAUGAUCACUAAAUAAUAGUUUUUAGUGGUCUCAGUUUCAUAGGUGGAAGAAAGAGCUAACUGCAUCAGAAGAGUCGAGAUGGGUAAUCAUGUGCUUAAGUGUAAGUUAAUUGAGAGAAAGGAGUUACUGAAAGUUGUGUGAGAGGAAGAGUGGGUGUUUUAGGUCUGAAAGAGAAGUUUUGAGAUAAGAAAUAUGGGAGGCCAAGAGUUGGUUGUGCUGUGUUGAUGGAGAGAUUAAAUAGACUAUUUGAAGGUACAGAGAAUGGUAGACUAGUGUAUGAGUAUUGGUAUGUGGUAGUGGGUGGAAGUGAGCACCCUCCAGUGAAAUGGUAGGAAAGACUACUGGAAUAUAUGGCAGGAGAACAAUAGUUUAGUGCAUGCAAGGACAAGAACAUAUGGAGACUUCUGUUGCAGCCCAGCCCUUUUAAGAGCAGGCAUCAGAUAGACAUAAAAAUGAGUAUUACAUUUUCUUCCACUUACAAGAGUCCCAUAAAAAUGUUGUAGUUUUACUAUAUAUUUUUUUAUAUUUACCUGAGUUUACAGCUGUUUGCUUGAUUUUUUUUAUUUAAAUCAAAUUUUUCAUUGUAUGACAAAAAAAAAAUUGUCCUGGCUGACUAAAGCACUGUAGCAAGCCGAGUUGUACAAAUUUUCUUGGUACAAUACAAUAUUAUGUGUAUUUUCUUACAUCCAUCCCCAAA